AUGCAAGAGCUACGCCACAGAAUGCAAGACUUGGAGCGCCGGCUAGCAGAUAGGGAACGCGACCAACACACCCCAGAGCAGAGUCACUCCCGCUCUCGCUCCAGGAGUCGCUCCAGACGUACGCCUAGCCCCCAAGAUGAAUUCGAAAGCACCGGGGGGAGAGGGCGUGCGAGAAGACGUCGUGACCCCGUCAUUUACGCCAGACACGAGGGACAGCGUACCAGGAACCGCGGAGACGAGGACACUCGUCGAGAAAGCGACGAAGGAAGAACGACGGGAACACGGGGACCCGUAAUAAUGGGAGCGACCCCAUUCCACCGUUCCAUACUCGAAGUCCGGCUGCCAAAACACUUUGACAAGCCAACGAACAUGAGGUACGAUGGAACACAAGACCCACUGGGACACCUCACGGCCUUUGAGGGCUCGGUAACCCAAUUCUCCGACAUCAGCCACGCCUUCCUGGCUCAGUUCACGACCAGGAUCGCCAAAGCCAAGCAUCCGAUCAAUUUGCUGGGAGUGACCCAGAGAGCCGGGGAGCCGACCAAGAAAUACUUAGAUCGUUUCAACGAUGAAUGCUUGGAAAUUGACGGGCUGACGGACUCAGUGGCGAGCUUGUGCUUAACGAAUGGGCUCCUGAAUGAAGACUUCAGAAAGCACCUUAUCACGAGGCCGGUACGGACCAUGCAGGAGAUCCAGUGCGUGGCUAAGGAGUACAUUAACGACGAAGAAGUCAGCAGGGUCGUGGCUGCCAAUAAAUGGCAACCCCCCUACAACCAAGCCCGACACUACGAGGGUGGAGAAAAACAGAAGAAACACGCCAGGGACGGCGGUCCGAGCAAAGCGCCAAAGCCAUUUCCCCGAGUCGGGAAAUUCACCAACUAUACCCCCCUUACGGCUCCGAUCACGGAAGUUUACCAACAGAUAGCCGAGAAAGGGAUACUAUCAAGACCCCGACCUCUGAAGGACAGGACGGGGGGAAAUAAGAGCCUUUACUGCGAAUAUCACAAGGGAUACGGGCACAAGACCCAAGACUGCUUCGAUCUAAAGGAUGCCCUGGAGCAAGCAAUCAGGGAUGGAAAGCUCGCCGACUUCUCCCACCUCAUAAGGGAACCGAGGAGACGAAAUCGGGAUCAGGAUAGCAAGGACAGGUCCCGGGCAAUAAGACGACGUCAAGAACCCGAGGGGGACAACCACGGUCUCACGGUGGUGAACGUAGUAACAGCGAGAAAUUUCGCCCCGAGGUCGAAAUCGGCGCAGAAAAAAGACGCCAAGAUCCUCGCGGUCUCCUCCUCAUCCGCUAGAAGUUCCCGGGGACUCCCAUCAAUCUCUUUCGGCCCCGAGGACCAAUGGUUCGACGAGGUACCGGAAAGUCUCCCCAUGGUUAUCACGGCCAGAGUCGGAACCGGACUCGUCAAACUGAUCCUAGUAGACACGGGAGCGGACUCGAACAUCAUGUUUCGCAACGUUUUUGAUGCCUUGGGACUGCGUGAUGCCGAUCUGGCGACCCACCAGCACGGCGUGGUAGGGCUGGGAGACCACUUCAUCAAGCCAUAUGGGAUCAUCUCACUCCCGACCUCCCUGGGAUAA